ACUCCGUAGAAGGCUGUGGUUUCUGGGGAAUUUUUCCUCGUUCUUCUUCCGUCUUCUCCUCUGAAUCCAUUUUCCCACCGUUUUAUUUGAGGUCAUCGAAGAUGCCAAGCCCCUCGACGGGCAAGAUCAUCAAACCAAUGAUGCCAUUUGCAAACGACUCCUUCGUAGUCAAACCUGAAGAUCCCACCACAUCGCCAUCAACCCCUGAGUCUCGAUAUCCACCUCCUAUGGCACGUCCACACUUGGGUAUACCCUCUUGCAUAUCAAGGUCGAUUCGUGACGUACCUGUUGCGGCCAGGGGCUCAGGCUUCCCUGUGAUAAGUCUCAUCCAUGAAGAAUGAUAACAUAUGGGAAUGUGUCGCGAAACACAGCUUUCCGACCGGCCUCGAGAAUUUUAUCAAGGGCUCAUGUAUCUCAUAUUCCCGCGAGAAUCGGUGGAAGCAUACACAGUAGUGUCUUUUC